GACAGAGGCACACGGUGUACGGGAGUCCAGGUUAAUCGCGUACUUGUGACAGCGGGGGGACACAGCACUAUGGACGACAAGCCAGUCGAGCUGCCAGAUCUUGGCGAGUUUCUCCGAGAGGAUCCGUAUUUGGUUUCAAAUGCGGAGGACUUGCGCAGGAGGUACAAGCUGUUUGAGCAGAAGCUGGGUCAGCUGGUGGAGGCUGAGGGCAGCAUGGACAGCUUCACCAAGAGCUACUGCAACUACGGUGUCCAGAGGCAGGCCAACAAUGCUCUAUUGUUCAGAGAGUGGGCCCCUGGGGCACAAGCCCUCUACUUGACUGGAGACUUCAAUGGAUGGAACACCAAAUCUCAUCCAUAUGCUAAGAAGGAGUAUGGCAAAUGGGAGCUUUACCUUCCCCCUAAAACAGACAAGUCUCCUGCUGUGGAACACGAAACCAAGCUCAAGCUCGUGGUUGUGACCGCACAGGGGGAAGAGCUGUUUAGGAUUUCUCCGUGGGCCAAAUAUGUUAACAAGAGACUGGACUCCAACACCUACGACUGGGUACACUGGGAUCCUCUCCAGCCAUUCCUGCAUGAGCACGCUCAUCCAAAGCGUCCUCGCUCCCUGAAAAUCUAUGAGGCCCACGUCGGUAUAGCCUCUCCUGAGGCAAAGAUUGCCACCUACGAGAACUUCACCACCGAUGUCUUACCUCGCAUUAAGGACCUGGGGUACAACUGUAUCCAGUUAAUGGCCGUCAUGGAACAUGCCUACUAUGCCAGUUUUGGCUACCAAGUCACCAACUUCUUUGCUGCAUCCAGUCGUUUUGGCACCCCUGAGGAUCUGAAGCGGCUGAUUGAUACUGCCCACUCUCUAGGGAUCACUGUGCUGUUGGACGUGGUCCACAGCCACGCCUCCAGUAACACGGCUGACGGACUAAAUCAAUUCGAUGGCACAGAUAGCUGUUUCUUCCAUGCUGGAUCCAGAGGGCAGCAUGCUCAGUGGGGCUCCUGUCUCUUCAACUACAACAGCUGGGAGGUGCUGCGCUUCCUGCUGUCAAACCUGCGCUGGUGGAUGGAGGAGUAUCGCUUUGAUGGCUUCAGAUUUGAUGGGGUCACCUCCAUGCUCUAUCACCAUCAUGGCAUAGGAGUGUCAUUUUGUGGCAGUUACAGCGAAUACUUUGGGAUGCACGUCGAUGAGGAAGCCAUUGUCUAUCUAAUGAUAUCCAACCACAUGCUUCACACCCUCUACCCCAAUUGUAUCACCAUCGCUGAGGAUGUUUCUGGUAUGCCAGGACUGUGCAGGCUCAUUACGGAGGGAGGAAUGGGUUUUGACUACCGUCUGGCCAUGGCUGUGCCAGAUAAGUGGAUCCAGAUUUUGAAAGAAUGGAAGGAUGAGCACUGGGACAUGGGUAAUAUUGUCUAUACGCUGACCAACAGAAGACAGGGAGAGGCUGUAAUCUGCUAUGCAGAGAGCCACGACCAGGCCUUGGUGGGAGACAAGUCUCUGGCCUUCUGGCUGAUGGAUAAAGAGAUGUACACCAACAUGAGCUGCCUGAUCCCACUGACUCCUGUCAUUGACCGAGGACUUCAGCUCCACAAGAUGAUCCGACUCAUCACACACGCUCUGGGAGGGGAAGGCUACCUUAACUUCAUGGGUAAUGAAUUUGGUCACCCUGAGUGGCUGGACUUUCCUCGCAAAGGCAACAACGAGAGCUAUGCGUACGCCAGACGUCAGUAUAACUUAGUGGACACGGAGCACCUCAGAUACAGACAGCUGUACAACUUCGACAGAGAUAUGAACCGCACUGAAGACAAGUACGGCUGGCUUUCAGCAGCACCAGCUGUGGUGACAACUGCUGAUGAGAGGGACAAAGUGAUAGCAUUCGACAGAGCCAACGUGGUGUUUGUUUUCAACUUCCACCCGAGCAACAGCUACACCAGCUACCGUGUGGCGACACCUACACCUGGGAAAUACAAGAUCAAGUUGGAUUCUGAUGCACUGCAAUAUGGCGGCCAUGGGAGGCUGGAUCUGGACACUGAGUUCUUUGCAGAGCCCGUGGCCUUCAAGAAUAAGACGCAGUCAAUCGAGGUGUACCUACCUUGCCGGACAGCACUGGUGCUGGCCAAUGAUGAAAUGUGCAGAGCAGAGACAUCCCAUCCAGAAAUCUAAUAAAUGAACAUACAGUAUAAGCCCCUAUGCCAGAGCAAUGUUAUAUAUGUUACAUCUAUAGGCAUACAUGAACUAAACAUAGAUGUGUCUUCUGGAUUUGGUGAUAGUCUGUAUAACCCAUGUAUAUUGAGCAUUUAGAUAUAACAUAUGCACAUAUAUGAAAACAAUAGGGAGGAUGUAUGCAUUUGUAGUAUUUGUUAGAUAUGUGUCCAUGUAUGAAAAUGUGCCAAUUGCAGACUUUUCAUAUCUGAGUAUGGUCAGUGGUAUAUGUUAUGCCAUAUGUUCUCAUAUACAUGCAAUAUAUGGAAAUCCAAUUUUUAUGUUUAUAGGAUAAGUGUGCCUCUCUCUGUACCAACAGUGGGAGCGUGGCAUGUUGAUGUUAUGAGAGAAGAAUGUGCAACCUAACAUAUCAUUUGCAAUUACUAGGUUAGAUUCGACUGUAUUUUGUACCGUAGAACGACAAUAAAGUGUUCCAUCUGCAAACCCU